CGUCUGACUCAAUCACACAACGCCGCUAAGCUAACCAAUUUCGGGACAUAGAAUGAGUCGCAGACUCCUUCUCAACAAGGCUACAACAAAGAUUUGCCUCCCACCACACCCAAAAGCAGCGACGGUCGCAACACGAAGGCAAAAAUACUAUGAUACUGUACCAUGUCUACGAAGUACCGUGCAUACGCUAACACACACCAGCUACACCCGUCUCCAGAAAUGUAACCGAAGGAACCGACGAGAAACUCUGGGGAACAAAACCGUCCAAGAGGACAGGUCCCUCACCAGAAAAAAAUGGAAGGGGCGAAGAAAAGGAGAUGGUGAGAGGAAGGGGAGAAGGGAGAAAAGGGAAAGGAGAAAGGAGAAAGAAGAAAGGGGGGAGAGAGGAAAAAAAAAAAAAAAGUCCACUUACCCUCCGGUGUGUGAACAUGGGGCCAGAACAUCCCAAGGCGUAAGAGCCUCCUUUCUUUUCUAUCCCAGAAUGGGUGGUUAGUGACUGCCGCGCGCCCCUGUUCAGUCAGUUCCACGCAGCUCCUUGUUUUUCUUGCGUCCCAGCUCGCAUCACUCACUCACUCACACACACUCCCACCCAGCCUCCCUUCCCCCCUUCCCUUGUGUGCCGUUGAUGUGGUCGCUUUGUCCCCUUCAUUCGCCCGCCCUUCCCAACAAGCAGUGCCCCCCCCGGGAGCACGUCUCAACCGAGGGAGGAAAAAAAAAAAAAUCGCUUGCUCCGCUGUUCAAAGUCGUGUCCAUCCAUUCUUCAUGAUUCUUCGCCAAAGUUUUCCCUGUUCCCCCUAAGAACCCGCCUCCCUAAUUUCUCGCCCUUUGCUCGCAACAAGUUCGACCCUCUGCGUUUUUCCUCCAUGGAAAGAUAAAAAUGUCGAAACAAUGAAUGGAAAAAGGGUUUGCAUUAGUUUGACGGUGACGGCCACUCCCCUAGGUGCCGGCUGACAAGCACAAAAAAAAAAACAUGAGAAGGGAAGGGAAAUCCCUGCCAUCAAGGUGGAGAAGGGGUGAGAGAAAGAAGAUCAAAGGAGGAGCGGAU